AUGACAUCUCUCACAGGUUCACCUAGCAAGGGCAAAAACCCUUUCAUCGAUCGAUACAUGGCUAGCUUGGGAAGUAAUGCCACUACAACACCGAUACCUGUCACUACUUCACCUAUCAAAACUGGCCUUGAGGGGGCUAAUAAGUCGGUAAGGAAAUGGGAGUUUUCUUCUUCGUAUCGUGAUGACGAUAAAGAUAAGGAAAAUGGAGUUUCUCACAAGUCUGGUCAUGCCAAUUCUCCUAAACCGUCCAAUCGCUCAAGUCCUUUAAAGGCGCUUUCACCAGCCAGGCAAAACAGCUGUACACCUGCGAGGAAUGUCAGUGUUAAGCGAGAGCCUCUUUCGUUGAAGCCAAGAGGUGCCAACCAAAUUUCAGAGACCUUUGAUGUGAAAAAACUUAGCAGCAAGGAUUUGAAAUACUACGAGUUUCUGUGCCGCGUCAGAGAGGCGAAGGAAUGGAUAGAAGCUGUCAUCUCCGAAGAUUUGCCCUCUGAGCUCGAGCUUGUCUGCGGGAACAGCAUGAGAAACGGGGUAUUUUUGGCCAAAGUAACUCAAAGAAUCGAUCCAAGUCUUGUUAAAAAAAUAGUACCCGCUGGAACUACGCUCCAAUUCACCCACACACAAAACAUCAAUGCCUUUUUCCACCUCGUUGAAAAGGUUGGAGUUCCCGACUUGUUCAGAUUUGAACUUACCGAUCUUUAUGAAAAGAAAAAUAUUCCAAAGGUUUUCGAAACGCUGCACGCUUUGAUCAAUGUCAUUAAUAGCAAGUGGACGGGAAAAGUUCCUGAAAUUCAGAAUCUCAGUGGGAUUGUCUCUUUUACAGGUGACGAUCUGAAACUUUGUCAGCGCAAAAUACCCACUGUUCAUAAUUUCCGGUCCUUCAAAUUUUCUUCUGCGGCAAGCACAGAGCUUUCCGCUUCACAAGAACAUGUCAUGCCAGGGUUGUUGCAUAAUCAUAAUGAAGAUGUAACAACUGAAAACACGACUCAAAUUCAAGAAUCGCCAAAGACCCAAAUUCAGGAAUCUCCAAAAACUCCCACAAAGAUGCCCGCAACAUCCUCAAUAAAUGAAAGAAACUCACAAAUGUCACCGGUUUUAGUAGACUCUUCAAAGUACUCAGCUACUAAUAUCUUGACAGAGACGGCACCUUUACUAAGUUUCGACCAUAGCACUAGCCCGGCUAAAUCGCUAUCUUAUUACUCUCCUCGAAUCUACAGGCACCUAUCAUACAGGUCAGACCCCACAGACUUUUACUCGUCAAGAUUGACUGAUCCCUAUGAAUUUGAUCAGUACGACACAUUGAAAUAUAAUACUCCUGAGUAUUCUCCGGUAAGAAGGAAACGCAUGACAGAAUUUCAAUUUUUGGACUCCGUCUGCAAUCUUCAGGCCGUGUGUCGGGGCGUCAACACAAGGUUUGGUGUUACGAUACUGCAAAGAAAAGUCGACAUUGUUAUUGAAAAAAUAACGGCAUUCCAAGGGCACACAAGGGCAUACAUGGCUAGGAAAGAGACUAAAAAUAAAUCUGCAAUUGUCACUUCCCAGGAGCCUCAUCUCCGGGGACUUCAAUCUUUGAUAAAAGGUGAUAUAACACGCACGAACAUAUUCAAGCUUCGUGUUCGUCUCUUGAAUGUUGAAGAUCAGCUAAUUUUCCUGCAAAGUAUUUGCCGCGCGAAAGUGAUCAAGCGGCGCUGCCAAAAGACGCUUGAGAGCCAUCUCGUAAUAAGCCAACCUUUGAAGAAUAUACAGGCUACGGUCAAAGGAGUCCUGCGGAGAAAAAGUGAUACUUAUAUGCAAAAUCUGCUACUUACGUGUCUCCCAGCAAUUAUUAACUUUCAGGGUUUACUUCGCUCACAUCACUUAAGGAAACACAGAAAGUCCAUCUAUUUUUCUCUGAACGAGCAAUACAACAAAGUCGUCGCAAUACAAGCGCUUUCAAAAAGUCUGCUCCAGCGUCAAUCUAUUCGCAGACUAAGAAGGGAGCUAGAGGGUCACAAGGAGGCUGUGUCCAAUAUCGCCGCAUUACUUAGGGGCUCGACACAAAGAGGUGGCAUAAAAUCACUCGCAACAGCAGUACGGGACAGUAGAGAUCCGGUUGUCUCACUCCAAGCUCUUUCAAGGGGGGUUCUGGUGCGUUUUACGUUAGAUUUGAUUGCCGAUAUUGUCGAAGCCAGCGAGCUCGUCAAGAUUCAGACCUUCGCCAAGGGUUAUCUUAUCAGAAAGCACAACAAUCAAUUAACACACCAUUACGUACAGCGAGUUUCGGAUGUCGUUAAAGUUCAGGCCUGUAUUCGACGUCAUCAGUUAAGAAAAGCGUACUUGGAGUUCAUGUCCGCGGCCAAUCCAAGCAUCUGGGCAGUACGAAGAUUUGUACAUUUGCUCAACAAAAUUCAUACCAAUCAUGAAUCGUGUAGCAAGUUGGAGUGGCUAAAAUCUCAAAUUGAUCACUCCAAUAAAAGCAGGGAUAAGGUGCAAGAGGGUCUUGAACUUCUUCAGAGAAAGAGCCUCAUAUUGAGUGACUACAACAUAUUCGUUGGCUCAAUUAAUUCCUCAGGCGACGAAUUGCAGUUUAACGGGAGUUCAUGUUUCCGUGGGUAUGAAAAGUUAAUCUAUUUGCUCCAGACGGAUUCAUUUUACUGGAAGACACUUUACCGUCUUGACAAGAAUUUUGCUGCUAAGCAUCUUACCAAGACGUUCGCAUCAGCGAAUGGUUCUAUGGGUCAAAGGGAAAACGCCUUCUUUAUUCGCGUCGUUGCGGAUUUUCUUACUCUUGACAUCGAAAGCUUCGACAGUGUCCAACAAUUUUUGAAUGAGGAGGUCCAAAGCUUUUGGAAAGACCUGAUGUUUUUCUAUGUACAUCGCCAGCUUCCCGAGCUCGUGAUUGAACUCUUUGCUCCUCUUCUUGAGUUCAUAUCGACGGAGUCCGUCGAUUUUGAGUCAGUUCCAGCCAUAAUAUAUAAAAAGCUUCACCCGUAUGAGAUGGAGCGUUCCUCUAGUGAGUCAAUUGAAGAUGAAGAUACGAAAAGCGUCUUUGUGAACAACUUGACAAAUCUAUGGAAGGCAGUUGAAAUGGUGAGCGGCGCUUUACUGAGAAACCUGCACCGCGUUCCGGAGGACAUUAAGUUCUUGUGUACUACAGCCUACAGGGUUAUUGCUGAUCACAGCCCAUAUGAUAGCGAUGCUCUGCUCGCGAUUUCAAAAAUUUUACUCGAGACUUUGGUCUUCCCUUUUUUGAAAGCACCCUCUAAAUUUGGCCUACAAAAACUGUCUACGGAAGCUGAAAGAAAAGUUUGCAUACUUUCGGAUGUCGUUGAAACUGUGUUCUCUUUCUCAAAGUUUCAAGGCUACCUGACACCUCUCAAUCAAUAUGCUGAACAGAUUGAUGAUGAUCUAGCUUUAUCUCUCAGGAAAAUGCUAACAUCGCCUUCCUUCGAAAACUACUGCAACAGAUUAAUUUACAUUGAUAUGUGUCAAAAUGAACGGGCGGCGCUCAGCAUUUCUAAGCAGUAUUUGCUAGAAAUCAGCAACAAGCUUGAUAGUAACAUGGAUGCAUUUCCACACGAUGACCCCAUCACCGGCUUGUUGGAAAGUAUAAAAGUCAAUGAGAAGAAAACAUUGCAGCGCAGCACAAAUAGCAUAAUUGAGCUUCGAUUAAAUCCGAGCGCUUAUCAACUGUCAUCCAGUGACGAUAGGCUGACAUCCAUUUACAAUGAGAUCAAAAGAGGCCUAAUUUAUAUGAUGCAAGUUGAAGGCGUCGACACCAAUUUAUACGACCUGAUGACUAGCUCUAUAAUUGGUAGCGAUGAGCCUACUUUUCAGCGGCUGAUUCAUAAGACAGAUGCUAUUAAAAAUGAUCCGUUGUUGAAAAACCUGAAAGUCUUGAGCUACUUCAGUCUGAAACAGCAUGUGUUAGAAAGGGCAUACGAGCUAAAACAGAUGGAUAACCUGGGGAUUGAAGACAAUCUGCAAAGUGUUCUAAAUGAUAUUGCGAAUACCAUAAAGUCGCGAGAAUACGUUGUGGAAUCGACUGCCAGUGAGAUAAGAACUGCAGAACACACUUUUAAGGCUAUUCAAGCCGCAAAUUCUAAGCUGCAGCAAUAUUCGCGUUCUUUGGAAGCAUCGCAGAAACGAGCACUGAAAAGUGCGCAGACAUCAAGCAACUAUACGCCAGCAAAGAAGCACGGCAUAGGUCACAAAUUAAAGGACGUUUACAAAAAGGUCAACCAUAAAAGCGUUGCACCAAAGAACUGCUUAAGCAUUGAGUGGACCACGCGUCAUCUUUACGAGCUUGGCGUUCUAAAGGAUCUCGCCGGAGAAAAUUUGGGAAAAGUGGCUCUGAGCUUCUUUGGAUCGAGCGGUCCCAAGUUCCCAGAUCUGACAUUUAAAUUUACCACCUCAGACGGAGAAGUCUUUGCAGUGGAACAAAAUGACGAAAGGAAGAGUGACAAAUUGAGCAGCAAAUCAGGAACAGAUAGCUUUGAGCUAUCGAAGCUAUUGGACUUGUUAGCGAAAAACAAGAGCUCCAACUAUACCUUAUUUUCAAAGAAGGCAGACUUUAAUCUCGCCAAAUUGGUUGAACUUAUCAUUUGUUCCUUUAUCAAAAAGCCUCAGCCUAGUUAG